AUGGUCACAGACCAUCGACGACGCCAUCUGCUUCCGUGGCGCAAUAGGCAGCGCGUUCGGCUGUUAACCGAAAGGUUGGUGGUUCGAGCCCACCCGGGAGCGAGACUUUUUUGGCGUUUUUCUUUUUUACUUUUCACACUUUUCGAAAUAAUUGAUGUUUUAAAGAAAAAGUCUGGGAGUUUUUUUUUCGAAGAUCUCCGUUUUCUCUAGUCAAAUACACUUUCGCGACGAAUAUCUUAUGCUGAGCCGGAAAAAAAGCGGCUCUCUUGUUGAGUUUGGUGCAACAGAAAAGACUUGCUUCUUUUUUGUUGACAUGUAUAGCCUCAAUUAUUUGGGUCGCCGCGAUUUGUCACAGAAACUUGGAUUGUUCUGGAAUUUUUGCCUUGAAACGAUAUUUUUUGUUUUUUAUGUGUUUUUUUCUACUUUGUCGAAUAACCGUUGAGGAUAAAAUGAAUUGAGUUUUCACAAAACUAAAAAAAUUAUUCAAAUUUAGAAAAAGAAGCAUUAUACGAGGUUAAAAAUCUGAAAAAUCCUCAAAAUGCCUAUUUAGAUAAAAAACUUUGUUUUAUUUUUUUCGAGCGGCCUCCAGUCUUAUAAAAAAACGGGAGGUUAUGACUGAACCUUCCAUUUCUGAAUAUUUUGAAAUAAGUUGAUGACUUUCAAGUCGUUUUUUUCAUUCGGUUAUGUCUGAUAUAAUAUUUCAGAAUCUUGAUUAUUCCAAGAAAAAGUACAUAUAUGAUUUAAAAAUCACUCGAAUCUUCUUUUCCCAAUUUUUUUACGCAAAAAGAAAACCUUACUCCAUUUUCUGGAAACUUAUAAUGAACUUGAGGAAGUCAUACCAAUUUCGCAAAAAAUGUCUCGCUCCCGGGUGGGCUCGAACCACCAACCUUUCGGUUAACAGCCGAACGCGCUGCCUAUUGCGCCACGGAAGCAGCUGGCCAACGGCCUCCAAUUUCGACGCUAUUCAUCUUCUCAAAAGACGCGUGAAAGGUGUUCUUCACUAAUUUUGCAUUCCUUUGUUCCAAAACGUUUGAAAAUGCCAAUAAUUCAUGGUAUUUUUGCGAGCCGAGUGUCUUUUUUCUUUGAAAAGAGACGUGUUUUUGCCUGUUUUCAAGUGUUUCUCUCCCCCGGAAAUGUGCCCUUUUUUCCUCGUUUCGAGUCUUCUUGGCGACUCAUUUCACUGCAAAAACUAAUUUUUUCCUCCAUCCUUCUUCUCCGAGAAUAUUAGAAUUGCUCUUUUCCAGUUGUUUUCUUGUUUCAGGAUGCACCUGAGCAGGUGAAAUCGACGAGGAUGUUUCUCAACGUUUUGAUGAUUGUUCAUCAUGCCGUCGCGAAUGUGGAAAAACAUCAGGAAAUCGGGGAUUUGGGCGAUUUGGGGUUGGUUUAGUUCUAUUUGUUUUCAAUUAGAAAUUUCUCCGAAAAAUAAUUAUUUUUCGAAAAGUUGGAUGGCAUCAAAGAGAUUUCUUCUCUGUUUCAAGGUUUUUUCAAAAAUGGCUCUUCGGAUAAAUAUUCAAUUUUUUUGUCUAUUGGUGUUGAAUUCCGAUCGAAUACUGCUUCAAACCCAAUAACUCAAAAAUAGCGGAAAGCGUCGCGGUCGCGUUGCGGUUUCCACUCCGUUGCUUACUAAAGUAUGCCUCUUGCACAAGUCGUUUUGGGUCGGGCGCAUCGAUUCUUUCCCCGUUUGACCGCACUAGUUUUAGUGAUUGAUUCAUAUUCAAUUGAAAAAACCUUUGUGUUUUUAUGACUUCAUCGGUGAGAGAAAAGAGGGCGCAGACAGGUCAGACAGUUUAAAUUCAUGAAAAUAGAAUAUACUUGAUUCAAAGUGCUAAAAAAUGUCCAUUUGGAAGAGAAACUCCAAUCUCAUUCAAAAUCCGGUUGAUGUAUGCAUUUUCAGUGAACUCAUAUUACACUGAGGGAAUUUUUAGUGCCCCUUCAGGGUUUUGACGUUUUAGUGACCACUAUAGAGAUUAAAUUUCAGUGGCUUCUUUAGGAGUCUAACUAGGGAAUGGUCUCCAUUCGCAGUGGGACUUCUGAAUGAGACUAGGUUCACUAGAUGUAGUUUUUUACGCUGAUUCCAAAUCUGGUUUCAAAAACUGCCCUCGAGGCCUGUGAAAAAAGUUAGAGGCUCUCAAAGUCGAAAAUUUCGAUGUCUCCGAUUGAGCUCAUUUUUGGAGGGUAUACAGCCCUUGUAUCCCCGGUCACGAAAAACCUUUUGAUUUUUUUCGAAAAGGUUCUGGAGCCCAGAUAUGACCUUUAAAAGCCCCGCCUAACACAAGAGAAUGCGAGCGCGGUGUCCUAUUGCGAUCCGGCGACCGUCGAAGCAACGGCAGCGAGGAGCAGUGGUAAGGCGGCGGACUGGGGAUCACGAGGUCAUAGGUUCGGUGCCCACUCUGUGCAAAUGUUUUUUGCAAUUUUUCCUUUUUCGGAUAACUUCGUCUAACUGCUCCUUUUUUGAGUUUUGAGGCGUAUAAACACGAAAACAAUGCGUUUUGAACUUAUUCAAACAGCUGGACUUUUUUUUUCCGCAAAUUUUUUUCAUGAACUUUUCCGUGAUUUUCCAUGUGUAUGAGCAUGGGUUGAAGUGUCAAAAUUUUCAAAAAAAAUUUUUGGUUUUUUUUUUUUUCAAAUUUUCGACUUUGAGAGCCCCUAACUUUUUUUCACAGGCCUCGAGGGCAGUUUUUUUGAAACCAGAUUUGGAAUCAGCGUAAAAAACUACAUCUAGUGAACCUAGUCUCAUUCAGAAGUCCCACUGCGAAUGGAGACCAUUCCCUAGUAAGUGAUACUAAUAGAAUACAAAAUGUACUGUAGUGACGACUAAGACGCGAAAUAAUGGCUUCUAUAGUGAUAGUUUCAGUGGCCACUUUAGUGUCCUCUGCAAAUAGCCCUUGAGGGACCUCUUGUGUAGACACCAGAGAUUUUCUCAAGGUAAUGGAAUUUACUUAAAACCCGAAAAAGUAAGAGUGAAUAAAAUCAUUCAAAAGGAAGAAUGGAAAAGGUUAACCUACGUUUCAGAGAAUUCUUAUUUCAUUUCUCUUUGGAAAAAAAUCAUUGUCCAAAAGAUCGAAGUGAUCAUACAAAAAGGAACUGGAAUAAAUGGAAAAAAACAAAUGCUGAGUUAGUAAUGGGAAAUAUUCUUUAAUUUUUUUGAAUCCCAUUCGUUUUCGGCUUGAAAAUACUCAAUAAACCCGGUACUGAAAAAAAACUCUAGUGACCACUUAAGAGGUUCCUCAAGGACUACACGGUGAGGACACUGAAGUGGCCCCUAGAACCACCUCUACAUAAGCAACUAUUUUGCGUCUUAGUGGCCACUAUAGUAGUUUUUAGUGGUCUAGUAUUCUCGCGAUUUGAAACUGCGGUUUUUCUCUGGGCCCUCCUCGUCUCUCGGCGACUCUCUCAAUUUUACGUGCUGUUUCCACGCUUCUCUGACCUCGCCGGUGAGGGAACAGAGAGACGCAGACACUCGGAAACUUUCAAAUCGCGACUAACUAGUUCAACAGAAAUUUUGAACUUUUCUCAAAAAUUUUUGAAGAAUUUUGGAAACAGAGAAGUUGCUUAUAAGAAAUUUUCAAAAAAACGAUAAAUUUUUAAAUUUCGAAAGUUUGAAAGUUCCCUGUUGUUAUUAUUUUCUACAGAAAACAUUAUUUCUCGUUAUUUCUUUGAAGUAAAUUUUUGAUAGAAGAAUUUUUUUAGAUACGAGAAACUUCUGGACGAGCAAAGAAUCAUCCGAAGAUUACUGGAAGAUUCUGAUUCGGACUACGAUUGGCGCGUAAGACCGCGAGGUUUCAAUUUUUAUUGGUUUUUCGAAAUUUUUUAAUUCUUUAUUGACUAUAAGGCUUUUAAAAGAUUGUAAAUUAGUUAAGUUAAAACGUCAUUGUCGCAUAUGGAAUGACUUUAUUCAUGGAGGCCCCUUGCGCCCGACCAUUGACGGCUUUCGCGCUAAUCUAUGACAAAUAAUCUCUAUUAAGUAUGGCAGAAGAUCUCUACCACUCUCCACUGAUCCUACAGUUUCUAAUUCUUGAAAAAAAUCGAAAUUUACUCCCAGAAAGUCAUUCUCCAUGCUACCAAGGCACUGGAAGUCUUGAUUGAAAAUAAAUUCCUACUUUUGACCGCAUUUGGAAUGGCUGAACGAGCUGUGGUUGCUAUGCGGUUGUAACGGAUGUAUAUCGAAAACUGAGCGUUAAAUACCAACGCGCUCAAGUCGCUUUAGGUCGGGUGCACCUUCGAAAUAAUCGUUCUGAACCAUUCUCAGUGCGACCAAGAAACUGGUAGUUUCUAUUGAAAUACAUUCUGGCUCCUGGCCGCAUUUGGAAUGGCUCUAGACGUUGGACGGUUGAGAUUCGAAAUUUCGCAUUGAGAAUGCCAACGAGCUAAAGUCGUUUUUUGUCGGGUGCACUUUCAUAACAGCCGCUUCAAGCCAUUCUCAGUGCGACUAAGAUCCUUCGAGUUUUUUAUUUAAAUGAAUUUCAAUUUCUGGCCGCAUUUGGAAAGACUUAACGCGUUGCGGUUGAAGCUGAUAUUUCGAAAAUUGAGCCCUAAAUACCAAGGCGCUCAAGUCGCUUUAAGUCGGGUGCACCUUCGGAAUAACCGUUUCGAACCAUUCUUUCACUUCCAAAUUAUGUGUAGAACUCGCCACGACUUCCAACUGUCUGAUUUUUCUGCACCCUCUCUUAUUUACGCGCUAUUUCCAUGUUUCUAUGACACCACCAGUGACAGAAAAGAGAGCGCAGACAGGUCAGAAUGUUCAAAGCCGGGAUGAAUACAGUUAUGAGUUUUAAAAUGAUUUUUCAGGAUCCCUCGAUCGAAAUUAUGAAAAUGGGCCGGUUAACGUUGAAGUCAACAUGUAUUUGAGGUCUUUUUUUGGAUUUUUUUUUUCAAAAAGAAUAUUUUCCAGGAGCAUUUCAAAGGUGGACGAUGUGAAUAUGGAGUAUUCCCUGCAUUUCACUUUUCGGGAAGAAUGGGUCGACGAGAGGCUUUAUUUCAACAGCCCUGUCCUGAAACAUAUCAUUCUGACGCCCGGGCAGAGAAUUUGGGUCAGAUUUCGAGUUUUUCAGAAAAUCACGGAAAUUUCUGAUCAUCGUUUCAAGCGUUUUUUAAAUAAUGAACAAGUGUAAAACUCUUAAUUUUUGGAGCUUUGCUACAUGUUCAUGUGUUUAUUGGGCCUCUAGUGGCCACUUAAGAGGUUCCUCAAGGACUACUUGCUGAGAACACUAAAGUGGCCACUAUUUUGCAUCUUAGUGGCCACUAGAGGAGUUUGCAGUGGUCUAUUAGUACCACAGACCUCCAAAGAGCUUACUAAAAUUUAGCCACUUAAGAGGUCGCUAAUUCGACUACUACAGGGGCCUCUAUAAAGUCAAAGCCCUGAAGUGGCCUUUUUCAAAAAAAUUUCCCAGUAAAUAUGAUGGAAUAAAUUUCAAAAAAAUCUCGAUUUUUUUGCUCACUUAUCUUCAUAUAUAUUGAAAAACCCCCUGUUCGAACGGAAAAUGGCUCUGCGCGCCCGACCAAAAACGGUUUGCGCUUGAAGACAUUAGAAAUUUCAAAAAUGUCACAUUUUUCAUUUUUCGAAUCUUUUUUUAUCUGUUUUAAGAAUUUCACAGUGCUCUCUUUCGAAUUUCUUUGCAAUUUUUGUGGCCGCUCGGAAAAUGGCUUCACGCGCCCGACCAAAAACGGUUUUCGCCUUGAGAGAUUUAAAAUGAACUUUAAAAAACUAUAAAAUGGGAAGUUGGCUCAAAAAUACAACGUUAUUGCGAAAAAUCAAGGAAUUCCUCAUGCAGCCAGGAUUUUUGAGAUUUUAGAAAAUUGAAUACGGAUAUGAAUGCAUUUGAAAAAAUGGGUUUUAUUCGAAAUUUCAGGCUUUUUUCCAUACCGAACUGUCGAAAAGUCUUCAAUUACAGUUGAAAAAGUGAAAAAUAAGAAGAAAAAGAGAAAUUAGAGACUGAAAUUUAGGUUUCCCCCUCUUUGAUAGCCUGUUCGGGUUGAAUUAUUUCUGCUCAAAGUGAAUCUUGCGGUUUUUUUCAUAAUUUAUUGGCAGUAAAAAACAUUAAACACAUCUAUUAUAUUUUGUGAUUUUUCAGGCUCCCGACACCUUUUUCCAAAACGAAAAAGACGGAAAGAAGCACGACAUCGACACGCCAAAUGUCCUGAUGAGAGUUCACAACGGGACCGGAAGGAUUCUGUAUUCCUGCCGUUUGACGUUGACUUUGAGCUGUCCGAUGAGGUUAUUUUCAUGCAUUUUUGAUUUAGAAUCAAAGUUUUGUGACAAUAAAAGGUAUCCAAUUUGUCAAAUUUGAGAAAAGCUACAAAUUUCCUAUCAAAACGACUGAACUUCACAACUUUGGCAGUUCAAAGCAUCUCUAGACAAAACUUUUGGGUUUUCUCUUUGAAAAAUUUUUUCCAGGGUUUCUCAGAUAUCCUGAAAUGGUCAAAUUGAAAAUAAUUUGCACUAUAUCUACUUUUAGACCUUAUAUUGAAUAUUUGAAAAAGCAAAAAUGUUUCUGCGUUCGGGGGGAAUCGAACCCCCGUCGAAUGCUUGGAAGGCAUCCAUGCUGACCAUUACACCACGAACGCUUCUGCAACGUAAUCUUGAGAAAUCGUAUCGAACGCAGAAGAGACGGGAAAAUAAAGAAGCGAAAUCGGGUCAGAUCUCCAUUCGGAAGCGACUUCCGAAGCGUAUCUCAACCUGUUCCUCCCGGGUUGGAUACGAUUCCUCAAGAUUGCGCUGCAGAAGCGUUCGUGGUGUAAUGGUCAGCAUGGAUGCCUUCCAAGCAUUCGACGGGGGUUCGAUUCCCCCCGAACGCAGAAACAUUUUUGCCAUUGUUCAAAGGUUGGAAAAUAUUAUUAAAAUGAAGUUCAUUCAUGAAAAAAACCAAGUUCAGCCAUUAAAAUGAAGAAAAUUCGUCAUUUUGUGCACCUAGGUUUCCAGAAAGUCACAAAAUUACUGAUUAUUCAGUAUUUUUUUUUCUUUUUUUCGGGAAAAUGGAAGUUUUCGUCCUUUUCCAGACUCGUCGACUAUCCUCUGGACGUUCAAACUUGCGUGGCCGAUUUCGCCUCCUACGCCUACACUACCAAAGAUAUCAGUAAUAUAUCUCAAGAAAAACUUGGAAAAAGUAUAUUUUUCAGUGUACCACUGGAAAAACGUGAAGCCGAUCCAGAUAAAAGAAGGCUUGAGACAAUCUUUGCCUUCUUUCCUUCUCAGUGCCGUCAAAACCGACGUCUGCACUUCCAAUACCACCACUGGUACAGUUUUCGUUUUUCUUUCUUACUUGGGAAGUUUUAAGUGACCACUUCAGGGGUUUUGGAGUUUUAGUGGCCACUAUAGUAGACGAAUUAGUAGGCCCUUAAGCGACUGAAAUUUAGUGGCCUCUUUAAGGAGUACUAAAGCCCGGUUGCCGCGAUUUGAAAGUUUUCGAGUGUCUGCGUCUCUCUGUUCCCUCACCGGCGAGGUCAGAGAAACAUGGAAAUAGCACGUCAACAUGAGAGAGUCUCCGAGAGACGAGGAGGGCGCAGAGAAAAACAGCAGUUUCGAGACACGAGAGUACUAGACCACUAAAAACUACUGUAGUGACCUCUAAACGGAGAAUUAAAAGCUUCUAUAGAAAUUGGUUUACUUCAAUGUCCUAUCCAUGUAGUCCUUGAUAAACCUCUUAAAUUGCCACUGGAGUUUUCCGCAGUACCGGAUUUAUUCAGUAUUAUCAAGCCGAAAACGAAUGGGAUUCAAAAAAAUUAAAGAUUAUUUCCCAUCACUAACUCAACAUUUAUUUUUUUCCAUUUAUUCCAGUUCCUUUUUGUAUGAUCACUUCGAUCUUUUGGACAAUGAUUUUUUCUUAAAAAGAAAUGAAAUAAGAGUUCUAUGAAACGUAGGUUAACCUUUUUCAUUCUUCAUUUUGAAUGAUUUUAUUCACUCUUACUUUUUCAAAGUUUUAAGCGAAUUCCAUGACCUCGAAAAAAUCUCUAGUGUCUACUUAAGAGGUCCUUCAAGGGCUAUUUGCAGAGGACACUAAAGUGGCCACUGAAACUAUCACUAUAGAAGCCAUUAUUUCGCGUCUUAGUCGCCACUACAGUAAUUUUUGUAUUCUGUUCGUACCACUUAGACACCUAAAGAAGCCACUGAACUUAAGUCUCUAUAGUGGUCACUAAAACGUCAAAACCCUGAAGGAGCCACUAAAAAUUCCCUCAGUGUAAUAUGACUUCAAUGAAAAUGCAUACAUCAACUGGAUUCUGAAUGAGAUUGGUGUUUUUCUUCCAAAAUUGGACAUUUUCAGUACUUUGAAUGAAGUAUAUUCUAUUUUCAUGAAUUGAAACUGUCUGACCUGUCUGCUCCCUCUCUUCUCUCACCGAUGAGGUCAUAAAAACACAAAAGAGUGCACCGAGAAACGAGAUUUUUCCAAGUCUUGGCGAAUGAUGUAUCAAUCUUUUUUUGUUUUUUCAAAAGCUCAUGCUCCUUUUCAAGGCUCCUACUCGUGCCUCCGGACCGUCAUCGAACUCAAGAGGGAGUUCAGUUACUACCUCCUCCAGCUCUACAUCCCCAGCUUCAUGUUGGUCGCCGUUUCUUGGGUCUCUUUCUGGUAAGUUCCCAGAAUAUUCUCAAAAUCUCCUCUGGGAUUUCCAGGCUCGACAAAGACUCGGUCCCCGCCAGAGUCACUCUAGGGGUCACUACGCUCCUCACAAUGACCACUCAAGCGUCCGGAGUCAACGCCAACCUGCCGCCGGUCAGCUACACCAAAGCCAUCGAUAUUUGGAUCGGAGUUUGCUUGGGUACGUCUAUCAUGGCCGCAUGGAGAAUGGCUCUGGUUUUUGCGGCCGACCAGAAACGACUCGUGCACUUUAGCAUUAAAGAAAUAGGGGCAGAAAAAAACGUAGUUUCAGGUGAAAGCAGUAUCUUGUAUAGUUUUUCUUUGCCAAUCGAACUAUGUGCUCAAAAAAUUUACAGAUGUGACCUUUUUUUGAAAAAAAAAAGGCGAUUUUACUUUCUUGCCUUUAUUUUUGAAAAAUGCUUUGGAUCGGUAUGCAGACAACUGAUUACAGUAACUGUCCACGGGAUGUUGCGGACGUCUCAUUGGACUAGCAUUUUUUGAGAAAUUAUUGGAUUUCUGCUUCAAAUUAGGAGUUUCUUUUCCGAAAAAAACAUUCAGUCAAACAAAAAAACAGAAAAAAUUGCAAAAAAUUUUAAUUUUCGAGAAAUAAGGACUCAAAGCCUAAUUUUAUGAAUUUUGAGGACCUUCUUUGCCUUUGAGGUGUUGUAUCUCUGAAAAUAGGAAGUAGGUUCAGACUUUCAGAAUGUUCAGCUGGUACAUCAGAAAGUAAUCUGGCCAAAUUUUAGGAAAUUCCCCAAAGUAAAAUGACCUUCCUUGUAGGUCAAAGUUCCCCAAAACCCAACGGCCUUCCGAAGAAAAAGUCACUUCGUUCUUACAGGGUGACAAAUAAAUAUUGAAACGCGUUUGAAACGUUAUAACUUUCUCAAAAGUCAACCAAACACCACCAAACUUGGAAAAAAUUUUAUUCAUACAAUAUAGAAACAAAAUUCAAGAAUAGUUUUCAAAACGUCCUCCUUUAGCUUUGAUAACGGCCUUCAGUCUCUUCGGAUACGCAUCGAUCACGGCACGAGGGUAGUCGUCGUCGAUUUCGUCUCAUUUCUUGAUGAGCGCGGUCUUCUGAGCUUUGAUACUUGGGUAGUUCUUAGAAGAGACCUUCUCGGUCAGAUAUAUCCACACGGCAUAGUCUAUCGGGUUGAGGUCGGGGGAGGAAGCAGGCCAAUCAGCAGCCGAGAUGAACUCGGAAAAUUGGCGCGAUACCACUCUUGAGUCCCUUUGGCGCGAUGAGCGGGGGCGCCGUCUUGCUGGAAGGUCCAUGGUCGGUUUCCGUAGUGAGAAUUGGCUCAGGGCAACACCCUCAACUUUAAAAUCUACUCCCUGUAGUAUACUUGGUUCACUUCGACUCCAGAAUCCACAAAAAUCAGCGGAGUUUUGCCGUCAGCGGUAA